UCUUUAGUCCGUUGAACGAUAAAAUGUUAUAAUUCAGCUUCGAAGCGGCUUUAAUUUACACGCUCGAUACGUACUUGCUACACACAUACGUUAAUUUCAAUUAGCCGUUAAAGCCUGCCAGACAAUCGUAGUCUUAACCAGAAACGCACAAUAAUAAUUUUAUUCGCAGCACACCCGGACGCUAAAAUUUUGAAUAGAACUGAAUCGAAUCGAAGUGUCAUUUUAUUUAAACACUGAUCAUGCCUCGUGACGAACGUAUUGCGGUUGGAAUCGACCUGGGAACCACGUACAGCUGCAUCGCUGUGUACCGGAAGGGGCAUGCCGAGGCAGUCCAAAACGAUCAAGGACAUCGCAUAACACCGAGUGUUGUGUGCUAUCAUAAUGGGGAAAAGACCGUAGGAGAGGGAGCUGUGCAUCAAGCGCCGUUUUUCCCGGAGAGCACUAUAUACGAUUCCAAGCGCAUAAUCGGACGAACAUUUAACGAUCCUCUAAUACAGAGCGACAUGAAGCAUUGGAGUUUCCAGGUUGUCAAUAAGUUUGGUAAGCCCAACAUUCUUAUUAAGGAAGGUGGGAAAACGCUGCAUGUCACCCCGGAAGAGGUUAGUGCGAUGGUACUGCACAAACUCAAAGAGAUUGCCGAACUAUACUUGGAGAAAACGAUCUACGACGCUGUGAUAACGGUGCCGGCAUACUUUACCGACGCACAGAGGCAAGCAACGAAAGAUGCUGCUACCAUUGCCGGCAUCAAUGUAUUGCGGCUGAUUAAUGAGCCAACCGCCGCAGCUAUUUAUCACGGUGUAAAUAGGACAUACAAGACAGCCCAGAAGCUUAUGGUUUUCGAUCUUGGAGGCGGCACACUGGAUAUCUCGGUUCUCAUGGCUGAGCCCGGCAUGAAAUUUAUUGUGCUGGGAACCCAUGGCGAUCCGCAUUUAGGUGGCAAAGAUUUUGAUAAUCUGCUGACACAAUAUUUAACCGAGGAGUAUUUCGAGCGCAACGGAAGUCGACUGAAUAAAGAAGCCAUAGCACGAUUACGAGAAUGUUGCGAAACGGCUAAGAAGGGGCUGAGUUUCAAUACUACAGCUAACAUUCUUAUACCUAACUUUGCCAACAAUCAGAAUUACACUCGUGUUGUGGCGAGGGAGGAAUUCGAACGCGUUUGCAGUGUGUUAUUCGACCGGCUCCUGGCACCCGUCAAGGCCGCCUUACAAGACACUGGUUUGACGGCGGACGAUAUCCAUGAGGUGGUGCUGGUAGGAGGGUCCAGCCGGAUUCCUAAAGUCAAAACCGUCAUACAGGAAUUUUUUGCUGGGAAAAUAUUACUACAAGGAACUCAUCCCGAUGAGUCAGUGGCCAGUGGAGCUGCCGUCUUUGCUCACAGCAUCCUAGGUAGUGGAUCCACUGGUGCCAACGCCUUGUCGCUAGUAGACGUUACACCAUUUACCCUUGGGGUGGACGUGGUGAGCGGAAAGCUGUCGGUGCUGAUUCCAAAAAACAGUCGACUGCCGGCACAGAGUAGCGGCAAUUACUUUACAACCAGGGAUAACCAGAUAAUCAUGAACUGGAAUAUUUACGAAGGAGAAUCAGAAAUCGCGGCCGAGAACAGGCUGCUGGGGAAAAUGACAAUAUCCGGGCUUGACCCGGCUCCGCAGGGCGUUGCAUCCGCCACUGUAACGUUUGAUGUCGACCCUAACGGUGUUUUGAACGCUUCGGCGGUUGAUCGAAAGACGGGUAAUAAGGUCCAAGUGGUGUUGGACAAUGACAGGUACAAUCUGUCGGCGGCGGAAAUCGAGAGGAUUGCUGGGGAAUUUUCGGCUGGUGUGCCACAAGCAAAAAUCCGAGCGGAGCAACAAAAGCUAACGGAGCGAUUGAAGGAGUACGCACAGUCGGUGCGACAGACACUGCAGCACAGUGAAACAACAUUACCUCCGCAAGAAUAUCAACGUGCUAUGCAGAACUUGCAAGAACUGGAAGACUGGAUUAGCGAAAAUUGUCAUGCCAAGAAAGCCACGAUUAUUCUUAAGCAACAAGAAGCGUUCCGUCAUUUUCGUACCAUUCUUGUGCGUUUAACGUAACACCAGCAAACCGUUCACAUGGAAGCAAUCAAAAUAAUUCAAGCAGUUCUUGUAGCAAUAGAAUACCGCGAAACAUUGUGACUAAGUAGCUUGUGUUGUGCUUUUCGAUUUAAAAAUUGAACUUAUUACACUAUGUAACCGGUUUAUAAAUAAUUAAUUUAGUCGUUCUUUCCUGCAAGUAUACGAGUCUGCUUGGAGAAUAAAUCGAAAA